AUGACCUCCCCGGCUCCAGACCACCCCUACACCAUAGCCGUCACUGGCGCCUCUGGUCUCCUCGCUUCCGGCUUCAUCCGUCUCGCUCUGGAACAAGGACACCGGAUUGUCGCCUUGGACCGAAUGCCGACGGCACCGGCGCCUUCUUCCUUCCCUGCGUACACCUACACCCAGGUCGACCUGCUCGACUAUGACGCCUUCCUCUCUGUCGUCAAGGAAGGGGGAUGCGACGCGAUCGUCCACCUCGCUGCGGCGUGUCGGAAGCACGAUGGGUUUGGGAAUUAUCUCGAUGGGGGAUUGAAGGAGCGUGAGGUGUAUACCAUGAAUACGGCAAUGUCGUAUAACGCCUUGAGUAUCGCGGCGGAGCUGGGCAUCCAGCGGGUCGUCAUGGCGUCUAGCGUCAAUAGUAUCGGGAUGCUCUUCUCCAAGACGCCUCAGUUCGACUAUCUCCCGCUGGACGAGCAGCACGCGCAUUACCCGGAAGACGCGUACUCACUCGCCAAGCACGCCUCCGAGCUCCAAGCCUCCGCCCUGACCCGUCGCAACCCUCACCUCCCCCUCCGAAUCGCCUCGCUCCGAUUCCACUGGGUCGUCCCCACCCCGCUCGCCACCCCAUCAUCCAUCGCCUCGCACCUCGGCUCCCCCAAAGACCUCUUUGGCUGGGUAUCCGUCUCGUCCGCGUCCGAGGCUGUUCUUCUCGCCCUCACCGCGCCACUGACGACAUUUCCGGCGGGACACGAAGCUUUCUUUAUCGUUGCGCGGACGCUGUGCGGAGGGCGGACGCGCGAGGAGGCGAUAGCUGAGCUAGCGGGUGGAGUGGAGUGGCGCGGUGGGGAGGAGGGGAUGAGGGGGAAUGGGGGGUUGUUUGAUACGAGGAAGGCGGAGAGGAUGUUGGGAUGGGUAGACGAGGGGUAUCCGAUCGAGUAG